AACAAUAGAAAAAAAAAAAAAAAAUCGAUCAUAAAGGAGCCAUUCGUGAUCGAAUUCGUGCUACAUUUUGCGAAAAGGUCCAGCAAAGUUAUCAAAUUCUCAAAAUCUAGUCCUCGCUCCUCGACUCGAUCGCCUCCCAUGGCGAUCUCCGCUUGGUUUCUCGCCGCCUCCGCCCUCUUCCACCUCGCCCCCGCUCUCGCCGCCGAUAGUAAAAACAACCCUGCCGACCAGCUCGUGGCACUGGUCAACAGCAACCGAACCGCGCACAAAUCCUCCUCCCUCAUUGACAACCAAGGCCUGGGCUGCCUCGCGCUCGAGUACAUCAAGGCCUACCAGGGCCAAUGCAGCGCAGUAGGUGACGGAAAGAAGCCCCCAGACUCGAGCUUUGCCGACACCUUCGCGCCCAACUGCGGCGUCCAGUCCCAAUCCCUGAAACCUAUCACCGGCCGGCUGAUCGGGUGCCAGACCAAGUACGCCCAACCCGACCAGGCCUUCGAUAUGCUCAUCGAAAAUGGACGCAGCCUCGAGAUACUGUAUAGUAAGAACCACACCGAGGUCGGGGCAGCGGUCAGCGGGACUGACGGGGGUUCGCCAUACUUCUGGUGCGUUCUGUUCAGUAACGGGAAGGCGAAUAGCAGCUUUGUUGUGGACGGAGGGACGCCCAAGUCGGUGCGGCCAGGAUGUUUUAGCGGCAAUAACGACGAUUGCAGUGGCGCGGGAGCAUAUCGUGUUCCGGCGUGGCCGAUGGUUGCCGGAAUCGUAGUUUCUGCAGCUUACGCUUUUCUCUUGUGAGUAGCUUGUUACUGUAUUGCGAAGGCGACAUUAUUUGUUGUUGUUUGUUAUUCUUUUUCUCAUUCAAGUUAGUUGGACCUUGCAAGGGUGGUCUUGUUUUCUGACAUUUUCGAGCCAUGAGAUUUGCGCUUAUUUGGCUGUUCUUUUCA